AUUCACUGCGAUAACAGAGCUCUUCUAUUAAAGAAAGUUUCCAUUUUUAUAAAUCCCUUUGAUGUUGUAGUACGUACACACCACCCGAAGAAGACUAAGACUAGUUCUAUCUUCCCCGCCGCCGCCGCCGCCGUCGUCGUCGUUAUCAUAAUCGCCGCCGGCCGUUAAAUGGCUGAGCCCAGUGAUAGUAUCGCUCUCUCUAAUCUCCUUCUCUGCCACGAAUCGGAGUCUUCUUUAAACUUAGACGAAGAGAGGAUUGAGAGAUCUGAGCAAGUACCUCACUUUCCUACUACGAUCGGUGAUGAUGAAGAUUAUGUGGCGGAGCUUGUUCGUAAAGAGAAUCGCCGAUUCGAAACCGAACCCACUAAAACGUCGUCGUCUUCUUCUUCUUUCGAUAGAUUGAUUGCAAUCGAUUGGAUUCUCACUACAAGAACAAGAUUUGGAUUCCAACAUCAAACAGCUUACAUUGCGAUUUCAUACUUGGAUCUGUUUCUCCAUAAAAGAUUCAUCGGUGUAAGUUCUGUUUUUGCUCCUUUUCAUUACUUGAACUACUUCCUUGCUACAAUCUCUCCGGACAACAACCAAUCUGUUUCUAAAGACUUGGUCUUGUUAAGAUCCUCUGAUUCCCUUCUUGCUCUAACUAAAGAGGUAAGCUUUACGGAGUAUCGACAGUUCGCUGUUGCUGCUGCUACUACAAUGUUAGCUUCUUCUACUUCAUCGGAUAUUAUUAGAUUGACGAGAGAAGAAAUGGCUAACAAGUUUGGAUCCAUCUCUUGGUGGACGUCUAACGAGAAUGAAAAUGUAUAUUUGUGUUAUCAGAGAAUGCUAGAGAUUGAGGACAGGAAACAUAUGACACCACCGCCGGAAACCUCGGUUCCCCGCGAUAUACAACCGCCGUCAUCAGGAAGUGGCGCUAAACGCCGGUUGUCUUUUGAUGAUUCUGAUCAAACUUCUUCAGCCAAGAGAAUGCGUAUGCUCUGAACUCUGAAGAGAGUUCUUCUUGGGAGUUUUUGCCUUAUAUUGAUUUGGUUUCUCUUAUUUUUUUGGCAACAUAUUGAUUUGGUUUUUAUAUUCAAUCAUUUGAUUAUAGAGGAAAAAAAUGGUAUGAAGAUAUAAUGGUUAUUUCAAUUUUUGUGAAGUAACUCAUCAUAUAGGUUCGUUCAUA